AUGGCGCAUCUGGCUUACCUGUUCGCCUUCAUUCCCUACGUGCCUGCAGGACACGCUACUACAGUUGCACUCGGAAGUUAUUGCUCCACGACGAACAACCGCAUAGACCCUAGCAGCGGCCACUUCUCUGGGGAGUGCGGCGACACCCGUUUCUGUUCUGGCCCAACCAACGGAACGUGUCAGCCACGACUUUGCCGACGCGACGAGUUUCCCUUCGGCUUCGAUCGUGGGACGGUUCUCCCUCCUCUCUGCAAGAACGGGACGUUCUGCCCAGACGAAGGAAGCGGCUGCAAGCCACUCCUCUCGGUUGGCGAGACGUGCCAGUACGACCGCGACGACCAGUGUGCACCGCCGACCCCGGCGAAGUCCCACGUCCUCGCAGGCUUGCGAAAUGCCGAGGAGGCCGUUUGUCUCAAGGCUAAGUGCAUGCACGCAAACGGGACGCUCGGGCACCCUUGCGUCCUCGAUACCGCGAUGUACUCGGACGGCGAGUUCACGAACACGAUCUUGCGCCACAACUGCCAGGCGCCGAUGUUCUACUGCCACUCGACCGAAGGCGUAUGCGUCCCUACGCAGAAGCUGGGAUUAUCAUGCACUUCCGACCAGGAAUGCCGUUCUUUUCAUUGCGGCGCAGCUGGUGCAUGCUUGGACCCUGCCGGUACACCCGUUAACGUGGAGGUUUGGCAGCUAGUCAUCACUGGACUGGCCAUUCUCGCAGGCAAGAUGAUGGUCUUCGUCAUCGUAUCGCUGGUGAUAGUCCAUAGGCGUCUUCGUAAGAAGAGAUACGACGAAAUUCGGGAAUACUACGAGGAGCAAACCAGUCUCAGACAAUGCCUCACGAAGCUGCAUGCUGCGGCGUUGGACAACUACGAGAAGCAACGGAGUCGGUAUGACUGA